CCCUUACAUGUUUUGCCUUCGUGGAGUUUAAUGAUUCGUCGUUCGAUGAAGAAGUUUGCAGGCUCUGUGUGCUAAGGUGAAGAGCUUCAUGUCUUGACACGUCUCGUUAACAACAUCGCGGAAUGUCGUAAAGGGCGAACGGGUGGCAAAGAAUCGCCAUCUUGUGCUUCACCUGAGCUGAGUGGAGUGUUCUUCAUUGCAGACGUGUAUAACUAGUUGCUGCAGAACUGAGAUGCCUCGUGCGCUGCAGUUUCUUCUCUUGGUUCUUGCUGUGCCUUUGCAGUAUUUAAUAUGCCAAUGGACUGCUCCAUCUGCAGGCGAAAGGGCUCAGCUAAUAAAACAGUAAGUUCAGAGGUAAAAGUAACGGUAUACGAUACUUAUUAUUAAAGUUCGAGUUCAUAAAUCCCUAAUGAGCUUUAUUUUCUUCGUGGAUUGCACAGAAAGUUUUUCAUUAUUUUAAUGUGCAUGAUGCAAUUGUGCCUAUUUCAAUUAAUUUGGUUCCACUGUGCUGCUGAAAUUUAUUAGUUACGGCACAGUCAAUCCAAGUACCCAUCAACCCCCACCCACCACCCCCUCCAGGUAUUUCAGGGUGCAAAGAAAGUCAGUUUUACAGCCUGCCAUUCGGGCAAGCUGUAGAUAGCAUGUACUAGCCCACAAGUCAUUUCAACUAGCCCCAAAGCCCUUUUUGAUUGGCAGGAUUGAUAACAAUCCUUCUGUAAUUUGAAUUUCCCCAAAAAACAGCACUUGCCCGUCGGGCAAGUUAUGAACAAAAAACACUAGCCCAAUAGCAAAAUCCACUAGCCCCGGGCUGUCGGACACGACUUUCUUUGCACGCUGUAUUUGUUGUUUCUUUGUUGGGCAUUUCAUUUUGUCAUCAAAGGUCUGCCUGUAGAAGGCUUGACAAUUUCAUAUUUUCUACCUCUAAUAAAAGGAAAAUCAUGGUGCAUAAAAGUAUGUAAGCAUAGGCUACUUUCAAGAUUUAAGGAAAUGUACCCGGGGGUGUACUCCCUUACAGCUGUAUAUGGGCCAUACUGGAAUGUGCCGCUGGACGAGGUAUGGUUUUUGUCCUUUCUGUCCUAAACAGGGUAUAUAUUUUGUGUGGAUCUGUCAUAAUUUUAGACAGGGUAUUGCCUACAUGAUUUAUUUGAUUCUCUAAAUUAAAUUUGUUUGUACUCCCAACUAAACAAAAGCAAUGAUAUUUUUAAUUGUGCACUUUGGAAAAGAGUGAAAGCCUGGGAUCCAAACUAGGCACACGCACAUUUACGGGAUAAUUUGGGGGGCACGUGAAAACUUGGUGGAAAGCAAAGUGGAAUGUUCCAGUGGGGUUAAAACAGUUCAAAAUAGAAAAAUGGAAGGUGCAAUUGAAAGAAAAGAAACUUGAAAAAGUGAGGCUAAAGGAAGAUGUGCCUGGGGCAGUUUUACUUCGAGAAAAACCAGUAGAAUGCAAAUCUGUGUGCUAUCGGAUUUCAACUUCAAAUUAGCAUUCUGAAGCAAAUGUACAUAUUCUCGCACAAUACAUCUUGCCUUUGGUAUUCUAUAAAAUGCCAAACCAGGGGUGGUCCUCAAGCUAUUUGUGCACAGAGGCACACAACAACUUGCAUGUCUCGUCAUAUUAAAUUCAAGGUGGCUGCUUGACUUGUUGCCCGAAAUGAUCCCAUAAUUGCGCAUGCCCUUAGUUUGGGUCCCAGGCUAUCACUCUUUUCCGAAGUGAGCUAUUAUCUAUAACAUCAAUUUGCUCUAUUGCAAUUGCCAAUAAAUGGCUUUAAAACAAGACGGCAUGAAUUUUGUCCUAUGUUCUAAACAGCGUGAUAAAAUUGAGGUUGUUGUACUAUAAAACAUGGUAUGUGUUUUAGGAUUUGUUUUGUCCUAAACAGGGUCAGGGUUUCAAACCCUCAGGGGCUCACCUAUACCAAAAUAUUGGUCAAGUACCCCCCCCCCCCUGGGAAUUUACCUUUGGCUUUGUCCCCUUUUUGUGCUAUUUUUUGCACAUUUUUUGAGCCCCACUGUGUGGUUUUAUAUGAAUUUGCUUGGUCGUGGGGUUUGCAGCUUUCUUCUAAAAGAAGGCAGUUGCCCAAUAAUUUGGGCAAAAGCAUUGCCCAAGAAUGCAAGAAGUCUACUUCCUGUUGACGUGCAUCAAUCCACUAGGCCCAAGUGCGCUUAACUAUUUCUUUUACCUUAAAUUCAUUAUUUAUUCAACAGGUUUUCAAAGUCUCUCACACUAUUUGGUGGAGGCAUUCUUGAAUGGCAAAAAUGGCCUGAAGUGAUAGCUAAUUGGACACGUUCCAUGCUGUUGUUUUUGGAUGUUGAAGAUGGAGAAUGUCCAGCAGAAGAAGUGAUUAAAUUUGUCGAGAAAAAUGGCCACUUUGGUAUGUCAACAGUGCCACGUAGCCCCAGGCCUAAGCACAUCAAAUUCAAAGUUGGCCAAGUGAUCCGACAUAAAUUGUGGAAUUAUCGUGGAGUAAUUAUUGGCUGGGAUGAGAAAAUGAAGGUACAUUUUAAAGCUUGCAGCCUUUAAAAUAGGUUUUCCCUUAUCUAGUUAUUUGGUGGGUUACAAGAGAGACAAGUUAGGAACCUAUAUUAUGCAGUUCUGAGCACUCUAAAGUGAAGGGCCUUCCUCUUGUGAAACACUUGGCACUAAAUUGAUUCCUGUUUCAUAAUUUUUUUAGUGCUUCAGAAUUAUUGCAUUGUAAAUGAAUGUAUCCCUUAUUAUUUUAUAAUAGCGGAGCACCAUGGGUAAGAAAAUUUGGUUAUUUAUGCAUCCAAGAAAUUUUGGUUCUGAUGCUUUUUGGCGGUAAAUUGCCUGACUUCCCAGACUUUUAGAGAGAAAAAACAACAACAAAGCCAAGUCCAUUUUUCAAUUAAAUUUUAAUUUCUACUCUAACAUGGAUAGACUGAGCAAGAGAUAAAAACAAACAUGAAAAUUUUAUAGUAGCGGUGACAAAUUGAGAAAUGCUAGUAGCCACCAAGGUGAAAAUUAGCGGCAGUGAAAAAAAAAAACAAACAGAAACACAUGCAACACUUAAUUCCUCCAUAAAACAUGUAACUCAGGAAGUUUCAUGUUGUAUUUUUGCUUUGUUUUGUUUGUUUUGUUGUUUGUUUGUUUGUUUUUUUUUGCUGUUCUCAUUGCCCUCGCCAUUAAGCAUUACACAAUUUUAUUUUUUUCUUUGAGUAAACAUUUCGCAAGGGUAUAGUGACGAAAGGUGUCAGUGAAACAUGUGUAAUACAGUGGAACCCUGUUCUAUGGACACCCACUUUGUAAUACUACUGACUGUGAUACCCAAAUAUAAUGGACAGUUUCAUUUGUCCCGAUAAAAAGCUCAAACAUUUUCUUUAAAAUUAGCCCACUUUAAUGGACACCAGUUAACAUGAACAAAGGACACUAAUUUCUGUUUUCCCAAGUCACAAAAAUUGACAGAUUUUUGUGGGUUAAUAUGAUUUCAGUACAUAAAAUAAAAGUAGCAAGAGAGCAUGACAUGUUUGAUUUUGAUAUAAAGCCAGUCUUUCUUUUCAUCUUUCAAUUGACCCUUGUGCAUUGUACUGUAACUCUUCAGUAAAGUUCUGAAGGUUGGCUACCUGUUUCUACACAAGUUUCACUUUCUUGGCUUUUUGUACCUGCCCUUCCUCCUCUUUGUCUGUUAUAGUCUUAAUAUCAAUAGAACAUGUGUCUGUGACUUUUUUUGCCAAGAGGCUGCUUCUAAAUAAUGUAUGUUAAAACCUAUAAAUUAUGUGUAACAUUAAACACUUAAUGACUGGUCCCGAGGGAAACAAUUAAUUUUGUUUCCCAAGAAUUGAGAUUCAAGGAAAACAGAAUUUACUGUUUCCCGAGGGACCAGUCUAUAAGUGAUUUGCUAUAAUAUACAGCUGGAAAUUCAUUAAACCUUGCUGUAACAGCGGUCUUUGGGUAACAUUCACAGGUAACAGUGCACUGUUAGCCUUUGGUGUCAUAGAUUUUGCAAGGUUACCCGCUGAGAGAUUUUGGCGGGAAACAGUUUUAUUAUAGAUGUGAUGUGACCUCAAAGUAACCAAUGAGAGCCCAUGCUGCUGGGGAAAAAUUUCCAUCUAUAUAUAAAUAACAAAUUUUACUAAUUAGAUAAAUGAUUGAUCAUUUUCACAGGCAUCAGAGUUGUGGGCACAGAAUAACCAUGGUGAUAAAAAGGUAAACAUAUUUGAUUUUCUUUCUUUGUAUUGUGUACUUGACAUGUAGCUUUCUUUUAUUCUCUGAACAUUUAUAGAUAGCAGUCUUAUAACUUAACAGCUAUUUUCAUUAUUCACAUAUUUAUUAGCAAUUUGCCUUUUGUCUGAGGGAAGUGUCAAGCAGAACAUGUGUUCCUGUGUUUCAGGCUACACUCUUAUAAUUCUGUAACUUCCAAUAUUAUUGACUCCUUUCUGGCUGCUAUACAUAUCCUUGUACAUGUACAUUAAUAAGUAUGUACAGUGGAACCCCGUUAAUACGGUCACCAAUGGGUAAAAAAUAUUAGUCGUAUUAACGGGGUGGCCGUAUUAAUGAGGGUCUUUUUACAAGAAAAUGUAUGGUGGUUUUUGCCAGGCGGCCAAAAAAAAGUGGCCGUAAUAACAAGGUGGCCGUAAGGCAGGGUUUCACUGUAGCUGAUACACUUAGGUAUUCUCAUCACCUGUCUGCUGGACAAUGUAUUGAUAUUACAAGGAGAAGUUACAUGUAGAUCACUUUUGGGAGUUAAAGGGUUGAAAGACAUUAAUUUAGUCUUUGAUUGUUGUUAUUUAUUAGCAAUUUUAUAUCUAGCUGGAUUUUUGAAAAGAUUACCACCAAAUGGCCCUUUUGCAUCCAAACAGUUUUGGCCAAAGCAGCCAUUAUCAAAACUUUUUCUCCUUUCUUGCUCCCGACCCUUUCUUUUUCUGAUCCUUUCCUUUUUCUUCAUUAGUGUGAGUUUGCAGCUUAUCGGGCCCUAAAAGCCUGCCUUUUGAUGCCUUUUCACUCAUGUGACAGCAACUUUUGUUAGGUUGAUUUUCAAAAAAUCAGCUAGAUAUAAUUUUAUUCUGAUUAUUGAUUUUUUUAUCAUUGCUCUUACUUUUUAUGCUUAUUCUUUUGACUAUAUUAUAUUUAAUCUAGUUACUAUCAAUUUCUUUUGUGCAGCAUUGGCGAGACAUGCCUAACUAUGCUAUUCUUGUUGAUAUACGGGAUCGACCCAGCAGUCAGAUUACUUACGUUCCUGAGGAGAACAUUGAACUUCUCACAAAUACCAAGGUAAUAUUUAUAUUUUGAGUGUACUUUUAUGGCUUGUUGCAGCUUCUGUAGGGUCCUUCAUAAGCUCAUGAUAAAAAUGGCUAAAAGUUCCAACUACUCACAGAAAAUAAUUUUUCCAUCAUAUUUGUUUCUCAUCACUUCUGUUAGAUAAGGAGAAUCGUGAUAUAAAUCUGAAAAUCUGAAAUAAAGCCAGUUAAUGUGGGUGAAUAAAGGUGCCCUCUUCCUAGCUAAAUUUAUUUUCCUGGUCCCAAAGUGCACCAAAAUACACUUUACAGGUUUCCUAGAAUUAACAUUUUCCCAUACGUAGGAAGCCCCCAGGAAACUAUUAAGCCAUCCCCCCCCCCCUGCACUUUUAAACCCCCCUCACUUCCUCACUUGACUGUAAACCUUAAUGUAGACUGAUCAGGUAUGGUUUAUUCAAGUGCUGGACUAAAUCGAAUUUGUUUUAAUCUCUCCCACUGCAUGAUGUCAAACUUCAUUUGCCUAAACUUUUGCACCUUGUGUUCUAGUUCUUCAUGGAGAAUUGAUACCAUCAUGUUUGCUAAAUUUAUAGUCUGCGAGCAAGCUGUCCAUUUUAUAUGUCGAGCGAAGUGAGCCGUCCCCCAAUUGGAGAGCCUGCUUACAGGCUACUAAAUCCAAUAACCCCCCUCUCAAAUAAGCCUCCCCUCUAUUAAGCUCCCCCCCCUCCCUCAAAGUGCUUGAAAUUAAUAUUUCCAGGAGGCUUAAUGGAGGGUAAUGGUAAUAUCUCAAUGCGAAUGUCAGUACAAGCUGGAAAGAACCUCACGGCUGACAAAGUGUGAGGUGGUGGGCAAAGGCAGAGUAUUGGUCUGCAAAGCAUAAUGUUGCGGGCUUUAUCUCUAGUGCAAUAGUUGGGGCCUUUAAAAGACCUGAGGACAAUGGAGAUGUCUUUGCCGUACAAGGGGUAGUUAUGAGAAAGAGCUCCGUAGAAAUGGCUAGACCUUCCUGUGGCUUAGAGUGAGUCACUUUGAAAUUUCGGUUUCAUGCUAGGUACAAUAUAUCACUUAAUUUUCUUUCUGUAUUAUUUUGGGAAGUUCAGGUCAUACAUAUUGUUUCCUCCUUGCAGGUUGUUCACCAGACGUUGGAGGAAUAUUUUGUUGAAUUUGAUGGUGCUCGUUAUCUGCCAAGACCGUGGCUGAAGAAGGUUUAUCCUCAUGGCUGACCAAACAUUCCUACGCAAAUGUACUAGAAAAUUACUCAGAUGCUCUUUUGGUAUUAGUUUAUUCAAUGCCUCUACCGAGUAAGGCCGUAUAUGCGAGAAAUAAGGACUAAUUUUGAGCUGAAGUCAAGUAAUUUUGUCCUGUGAAUAUUUGCUUUACGGGCAUUAGAUGAUCGUAAAUGUGGUCACUGUUUUGUAGUAUUGGUUUUGUAUCGGUUUUGCUUACAACUGUUGCAGAGUUUCUAUUUUGUACAUACCUGGGAUAAUUAAAGAGGAAGACAAGGAGGAAAUGAAAAUAAUAAAAACUAUUUAUCACAC